GGAAAUAUAAACAAUUUAUCAACGCUUGACGAUUAGCAAAAAUGCUAGCCAAAAGAAGAAGCCUCAUCAAUUCUGAUGAAAAGCGAAAAGCGCUCCAAAAUGUGGUGCUUGCACGGGGCCGACUGAAGGGCGCCUUAAAAACCGUCACCAAAUCGUCCGACGAUGAUAGUACCAGCUUUGACGAUAGCGAUGAAGAUUCGCAGAUGAAGCGAAAACGCAUCGAGCCACCUGUCGUCCGCCAACCGUACAUCAUAACGCUGUUUAACCGUGGCAUUGAUUUGGCCCGAUUUCCCGAUAACUCACCACUGUAUCCGAUGUGCCGCGCCUGGGUAAAGAACAAACCGCGGGAGAAGGUUGAAGAGUUGACCGUACCCACCACAAAGCCACGCAUUGCCAUAAAGCGUGAACACAAUCCAGACAUCGUAAGUCAGUUCACGAAUGGAGAGCUGCAAGAAAUAACGGAGAUGCCUCGGCCGAAAAACACGGACCUGAAGCCGUUUCUUUCGAUGAAGCCAGAGCCAGUCGGUGACUUUGAUAUCGAUACAUCGUCCAAGGAUAAAGAUGAUUUGCUUGCUGAUCAUUUGGUGCGCUGGAAGAAAGUUCACGAAAGCACUGUAGAACACCGUAGGAAAUAUGAGCAAGCACGGUUCGGCACAAGUUUUAAGUUACUGGAAGCAUUGAAGAAGUGA